ACGUUCAGUAGGAUUAUUUUAGUGGUUGCACCACAGACAAGGUUAAUACAGGUCUGUGGGUUGCACUGCCUAAUUUAGGCGACAGACGAGGGUGCUCAUGGUGGACUGGUGUUGCUGCCGUGUAGCUACUCUUUUACAGUCAUCAUGGAAGCAGACAUCGUCCGAUUUUUGUGUGUCAAUGGAGGAGCGAUGGAGUAUGAUCUACUGUUGGAGCUUGCCAUUGGAUUUCCUGACAUGGACAGCUCUGAAUUUGACUCGCUUCUUCGGAAUAAAGAGCUCUUCUUCCAGACCGAGAUUGCUGGUGUCAAACAAGUCUUGGCCAAAACAAGUCUUCGACUGUGUAAAGUCACGGACUGCAGUGGCUGUAAAGACCUUCAUCUUUGUAAGUUUUACCUUCAAGGAGAAUGCAACAGAAGACAGUGUCGCUAUGGGCAUGAUUUAAACUCCGACCACAAUGCCGAAGUUCUGUCAGACCAUCAGCUGGAGAAGUUCAACAGAGCUGAGAUCAGACAGCUGUUGUUGCAGAAUGACACUCCACACUCCUUACUUCCACCUAUUUGUUCCAAGUACAACCGUGGUGAAGGUGAAUACGGCCAGUGCGAGGACAAGGACGAGUGCAGCAGGCUGCACGUCUGCGAGGGCUUCAUGCGACACACCUGCGACGCUGACGCCUGCGGACGAUCACAUGACCUGUUCGAGCCUCAGCCAGUCAGGGUGCUGCGUGAGCGGGGCGUGUCCACCCAGCAGGUGGGCUCGAUGCGCUCUGUGUACCACCACAUCCUGCUGCUCAGGGGGCGUCGCCAAGGCGACCCAGGGGGAGGCGGAGCUGGUGCUGUUGCCGGUGGCCGGGGCCGAGCUCGGGGUCGGGGAGGCCAAGGUCGAGGGGGCAGAGGACGGGGUGGCAGAGGACGCGGCUUCAGUGACAGGGACGCAGACCAUGGUGGCACAGGUGGCAGAGGACGGGGCAGAGGAUGGAACAGAGGACGCGGCUCCCAGGACAUGGACCAGGGUGGCAGAGGUGGCAGAGAACGGGGUGGCAGAGGACGCGGCUUCAGUGACACAGACCAGGACGUCGAGCAGGGUGGCACAGGUGGCAGUAGAGAUGGAAGCUGCCCUCCACAGCCAGAGGUUGCUGAAAUCUGCCUGUCCUUCGUCAAAGGAUUUUGCAAAUACGAGAACAGGUGUGUGCGUGUGCACUGCAAGAUGCCCUACCUGUGGCAGGUGAGGAGCGGUGACACCUGGAGCGACCUGGAGAAUAACGAGGACAUUGAGAGGGACUACUGCAACCCAGACCACAUCACCACCUUCAGUCUGCAGGGGCAGCCAGUGCAGUUUAACAGCAUGCGGUGUGGUGACCAGGAAGUGAGGCGGCUCUCUACUGCCCCCUCUGUCCAGAAGCCAGACUUCAUCCUCACUACAGAGUGGAUCUGGUACUGGCAGAACGAGCAUUCAAUAUGGACCCAAUACAUACCUCCGAUGUGCUCUGUGUCCUCCUGUGACCUUGAGAAGCGUUACCAGGCCGACAGCAAGGACGUAGUUCUCUUCACCGGCGGGAAACCACCACACCUGCAGCAGUACCAACUCAGCUUUAAAGAUAUGGAGCAGAGGAAUGUGUGUUAUGGUACCGUGAGGGUGGUGAGGAGACGACCCAAAUUCAUCUCAGCUGAAGGCGUCCAAACCGCCAAAACAAGUAGGAGAAGAGGUCCCACGUCGUCUCAGCCUGGUAGAGGCGUGCCGGGCUACUGGGACAGGUCUGCGGUGCCUGACACAGGAUACCAGAGAGUGACUCUUCUGAGUUCGGAUCGCGACUACCAGAAGGUCCAGGAGCUGUUCAACAAGACUCUAAGAGGAUAUGACAUCAUCAGCAUCGAGAGGGUCCAGAACAAGGAACUCUGGGAAGACUUUCAGACGAAACGUGAGCGGAUGCAGAAGGCGAAUAAGGAUAAGAAGUACGGCGACGGGUCUCGUCUGCUCUUCCACGGCACCGACCCCAAACACGUCCAGGCCAUCUGCCACCACAACUUCGACUGGAGGAAGUGCGGAGCCAACGGGACCGUUUACGGAGAAGGUUGUUAUUUUGCGCGGGAUGCCAGCUACUCCCACAAUUACACCAAAGAGGUCCUGGACCACGAUAGUCGUCAUCAGCGCUGCAUGUUCGUGUGCCGCGUCCUGAUUGGCAGCUACACACGAGGCCACUCCCACUACCGCCUGCCGCCGUCCGUCGACGGAGAAGGACUGCUGAUGUACGACAGCUGCGUCAACGACGUCCGAGACCCGUCCAUCUUCGUAGUGUUUGACAAGCAGCAGGUCUACCCGGAGUUCCUGCUCACCUACGCUGAGUAUGUCCGUCCCUCCUCCUCCUCCUCCACUGAUUCUGAUGAUUCCACAGCGAUCGUGUCUGCGGUUGCCAGUGCGCGGAACACGGUGACCGUGUCCACUCUCACUUCCUCGUCUGUGACCCCGCCUCCUCUGUUGACCCCGCCCCCUGUGGCGACGUUGCCUGCACAGACAUUGCCUCCUCCUCGUCCUCCUCAUCUGUCCCCUACCACCACCUCCUCAUCCUUCUCAUCAUCAUCCUCAUAUUCAGCCUCACAUCCCACCUCAUUGGCCUAUCACAGUGCCAGCACACAAAGACAUGGAGACACGGACGACAUGUGGAGGUGGAGCAAUGGACGGGAGGUGAAGAAGAAGGAUGAGUGCAUCUUGCUCUGAUUUCAUUAUUGCUCUUUGUUUUCUUUAUUGGCUUACUAUUCUGAAUUUAAUAGAUAAUGAAAUGUUUACAAUGUAAUAUUGUGAAGUGUACAGGUGUACGGCCUUCUCAGUGCCAAUUAAAAGUAAUUUUAGCAAUACUGGUUUGAUUAUUAAAUAUUGUAUGUAUGUGAACAGCCAGAGAAUCAAAUCGCUUAAAUCACGGUAACCUACUCCUUUGAGAUGA